CGGAGCUGAUCAUCAAGAUGACUGAAAGGAAGAGGAAGAAGAAGGACAGGAACAAGAGGCGUUUCAGUGAUGAACAGAUCAAGUCGUUGGAAACCAUUUUUGAAUUGGAGUCAAAGCUUGAGCCCCUGAAGAAGCUGCAGCUGGCGAAAGAACUUGGAUUACAUCCCCGCCAGGUUGCCAUAUGGUUCCAGAAUAGAAGAGCUCGGUGGAAGUCAAAGCAGCUUGAGCAUGACUACACCACACUGCGAGCCAAUUAUGACGCUUUAGCGUCACGAUUCGAGUCUUUGAAGAAAGAAAACCAGUCCUUACUAUCCCAGUUGCAGAAACUAAACGAUCAUCUUGGGAAGCCACAGGCGGGGAGCAGCAGCUGGAGCAGAUUUGAUUUGGCUGGAAACAGCACAGACGGCGACUCUGAUAAUGGAGACGCCAGAUGUGAAGAAGCUGAAACAAAGUACAGUCUCCAACUGAAAGAAGAAGGUCGUGGGAUGCUCUGCUUGAAUGGCGAAAAUAGCAGAAUUACAGAGUGCUUCGGCCGGGAAGAACCUGACCUCAACAUAGUCGAACCCCCAGACGAUGCAUUGACACCACCUGAAAAUUGGUGUAGUUUUGAUUCUGGAAAUCCUUUCGGUCAGUCAUCUACUGAUUCACAAUGGUGGGACUUCUGGACUUAAAAAUC